UCCUACUUCCGUUUUUGCGAUGAACUUUAAAAUUUUUGUGAUUUUGAGAUGUUGAUUGGUUUAGACUGGUUGCAGUGGGCUGUCAUAGCCUGUCUGUUGACUUUACCUAUAAUUUAUGAGUUGAACAAUACUUUUAAGUAUUAUGCCAAGUUUAUCUUGUAUUAUAUACUUGUUAUGUUGGUUGGCACAGUCGUAAUGGUCUACUCUUUGUUUCGUCCACGACGACCAGAAAAUGCUCGGUUGGCCAACUGGUUAGUCAAUCAUAUGAGAUGUUUGUUUGGUUUGUCUAUAGAAGUUAGAGGAAGAGAAAAUCUCGAAUAUGAUGAAGCUUAUAUUAUUGUCUGUAAUCAUCAAAGCUCCUUAGAUCUGUUUGCUAUGAUGGAGAUUUGGCCUGAACGCUGUGUACCCUUCGCCAAAAAAGAGUUACUUUAUUGUGGACCAUUUGGACUGGCUCUUUACUUAGUUGGGACUGUUUUUAUUGACCGUGGAAACAGAGAGAGAGCUGUUGAUGCAGUACAAAAGACAUCAGAUGAAAUUAAAAAUAAUAAAGUAAAAGUUUUUAUAUUCCCAGAAGGUACAAGAAAUCAUGAAGGAGCCAUGCUUCCUUUUAAGAAAGGAGCUUUUCAUUUAUCUGUGAAUGCACAGGUCCCUAUAGUACCAGUAGUCAUAUCAUCAUAUACAGAUUUCUACAGCAAAAGAGAAAAGAAAUUUGGAACAGGUAAAUUCAUUGUCACAUGCCUGCCAAAGUUAUCAACAAAAGGCCUAACAGAUGAAGACGUCCCAAAACUCUCUGACUACAUCAGGAAACAAAUGUUAGACUGUUUUAAUCAGACUUCAUUAGAAACAACACAGUCAAAACUUGCCAAUCAUUAAUUGUUAUGGAAACAAAUAAAAAAUCCUGCAUCGAAAGUAUACUGUAACUUUUGAAAAGUGCUUAAAUUUUUGUUAUGUAUGAACUUUUUUGUUAUACAAUGUCACAGGAGUGACGACCAUAUGGAGUUUACAAUUAGGCAGUUAAGUUUUUCAAGCAUUAUACUUUAUGGUGGAACUCUUAUAUUUAUUGUUUUUUUUAAAUUUACCCUAACACAGUUGUGGGGACUAUUACAGUUUGCCUAGCAUCUUCGUGCAAUUUUUUAAUUAUUAUAUUAGGUUCAUGAACCCAAAUUUUGGAAUGAGACAAACUAUGUAUUUGAAGAUUAUCUAUGAUUUUUGUCCUUUUUUUCAAAGCAAUGGCUCAUAUUUAUGAUAUUACUUUAGGGUAAUUUUCUUUGCCAUUUUUGUAUUCCUUUAAGGUUUAUAAAUGAUAGAUUAAUUUCUUUGAGUUUUAUUUUUGCAUUGUAUAGAAUUAAUCCAAGCUGAACUGAAAACUGGGUGCGCAGAUAAUGGGAGAUUAACUUAGAACAGUGUGAUGCUAAUUUAUAAAGAUAGCAAAUAGAAAAGUCAGUACAUUGUAUUACCAAAUGUAUUGUUUUCUUUAAAGCAUGCUUCCUCGCUGCAUUGGAGACCCAUUGGUGGCCUUCGGCUGUUGUCUGCUCUAUGGUCGAGUUGUUGUCUCUCUGACACAUUCCCCAUUUCCAUUCUCAAUUUUAUUCAAUAUACAUUUGGCAUUUACAGUCAUAUUUUAUUUUGAAAUGCUUUCACUAGCUGUUUUCAUUGCCUGAAAAAUUAAAUUUGAUUCAAUUUUAUUGUUAAAUUGUAUGAAUGCAAAAUGUUUAAAGUGAAGUUAAAUUCUUUCAAUUGUAGAGGUUAAAGUUUUUCGUCUGUAAAAAAAUAUUAACUGAAGCAAAAAUUUCUAUUUCAGCCGUCUUUGCAAUUCAUCUUUAUAAUUUUGAGGUAGUACUUAAAAAUCAAGGCUGGUGCUAAAAACUUCAUCAAACAUUGGAGGGGGAAAUCUAGGGUGAUGUUUUGAUGAGAAAUAUAAGGGUGGAAGACCUCCACUGUUGAAUGUAUAUCAUAGUGAUCCCUGCAUUAAGGUCUUGAAAAGAUUUUUUUUUUAAUGUGUUAAAUGCUUUUAUAUAUACAGAAAGACUUUUUUUUGUUAGCUUAUAGUGUUAAACCUAUAUAAACUGUUAUUUGUUUUAAAUUCAUACAUACAUGUUUUUGUUAUCUCUACAGUUACUUCUUUGUGCGAAACCUCUUACUUUUCAAUUGCAACCCCUUAAAUUUGUUCAUACAGUUUUAGAGGUAUAUAAAAAAUUAUAGGUGUUGAAAUAUGAAUCGCUGUGGUAAACCUUAGGUAAUCUUUACAUUCCAGGUGCUCGCGUUGACCAUAGCAAAAACAUUUUAAACGGUUUACUGUUCCUUGAUAUCUCAUGUCAUUUUUAAAUCUAGAGGUACUGUGAACAAAAUUUACAAAACUAUGCCCCCACCCCUUUUUCAAAGUCCAUAAUUUGCUAUGGGAAACUCCAAAAAAAAUUUGAAAAAAUAAAAAUGCACGAUGGCAAUAUUUUGUCAAAAUUUUGAUAAAGUUUUAUAAAAAUUCUUAUUAGGGAUUUUGGAAAAGAAGGGUAUACAAAUGCUAAAUUUUAGUGUGUGGAUAUGACAAGUCCAUGUCAUGCCAAAGUAAAUCCUCAUGCAUUGACCCAGGGUUUGAUGUUAAGGAGGGGGUCACCCCAUCUGAAUCCAUGCCUGACCCUUAAAUGACUGGAGAGAAAUGAAGUAAGAGGCGCAAAAGCAAUUGAGUAAGAUUCUGUGAAAGUUUCACAAAAUUCUGUCAAGCAGUUUAGUUGGACAGAACAUCAAACAAACAGACACCCUAUCAAUAUAGACCACCUUAUUCCAAAAGAUAAGGAUAUAAUAAAGAAUGUUUAUUUUUCUCAUAAAACUUAUAUGAUUGAAAAUAUUUGCAUAAUGACAUACAUGUAUGUCUGAAAUUUGUGUAACAUAUAUCUUUACAUGUUAAAACAUAUUGGUGCUCAAAUAUUGACUGUAUUUCAUUGGUGUCAACUUUUCAAACCCUUCAAACUUAGACAUCUCCCUCUGAAGAAAUUUUCAAAAGAGCCAUUUGCCGUUGAAUUGCUCUACAUAGUUGAUUUUAUUACCAUCAGCAUUAGAGUAAAAUCCAUUUAUUCAUGAAUCAAUAAGCUAAAACAACCUGUCAGGUAACUAAAAAUGCCAUGACAAAAAAUGACAAUAAUUUGUUUAAAAAUGACAAUAAUUUGUUUAAUUUGUAAAAAGUUUAACCAGAAAAAAAUGAACUUAUUAAAUUAUACAGGUAUGUGUGUGAGAAAUACAGAGAAGUGGAAAUUUUUUUCUUAAAAGUAGGGGCUUUUAUCUAUCUGUCAGAAGACUUGCAUUCAGAAGGAGAGUGUUGUGAGGUUCCAGCUGAUAUCUUGGUCGUUGAGACCAUUUGCAUAAUAUUAAAUAUUUUCAUAAUUGAUAGUUCCAUGAAAUACAAAAUAAAAUUAGUAAUGCAAAGAAGAAGGUAUGGUCUUAUUUUUCAAUAAAUCUUCUUCUGAACCUGUCAAUUCAGAAAUAUUUGCAAUGUUUUAUUAACACAUUGAAUAAAUACAUUUUAGACGACUUUUGAUGACAAUCUGCAUGAAUUAAUUCACAAUUUAUUUUCAGAAUUCAUAUAAUUUUUUAGAUAUAAAUAUAUGUUGUGAACUAGGAAAAAUUGUGUCAUUAAUAUAUUUUGAAAACAAAACUUAAAAUACCAGUAGACUAUUAAUUUCGACAACAUGUUUUCUUUUUUCAGACAAGAAGUUCUAAUAAUGUUGCUUGUUGCCACAGAUCUUUUACCACAUACUUUUGUAGUGUCAACUGUUUAAUGGCAAAUUUUAGUGCCUUAUAUAGACUUGAAUGUCAUUUUUGUAGAUAGAAUUUUUACAGCAUUUUGUAUUUUUUGUCAUACACAUGAAACAGAUAACCAGAAUCAAUGUUAAAAUCAAUCAAUAUUGCUCAAGUGAUUAUAAGAUAUUGAAAACCAGCUAAUUUUUGCUAGCAAGUUAUUUACAUGUCUUUCAAAAGUUGAAAAUAAUGCAAAUAUAAAUUGUUGUGAAUUCUUCAUGUAAGUAUAUCAAUUACAUUUAAAGAAUGGUAGAAUUAUAACACACAAAGUUGGCUGGAAAGGGCUAAAAGCUAAAACGUAUCCACAAAAAUAAGAUGGUUUAUAUCAGUUCUUUUCUGUCCUGUUCUGUACAGGUAUGUACCUCCAUUUUCUUCGGAGCACUCCACUUAUCCGAUGAGCAAUUAUUAUUUACUUAUCGAAAAAAAUAUCAGUUCUUUUCAUUGACAUGCAGUAGUUGUUGCACUAGGAUAUGCAUUAUUGUAAUUAUUUAUGCAAUCUACAUGUAUAUAGUGUAAAAAAAAUACACAGAAGUUUGAUUUUUUAUCAAAUUUAUUUUAUUUCACUGUUCAAUUUUGGAUAUUUUUAGGUAAACCUUCAGAUAGAAUCAUGUUGAUAGAAGAGAUACAAUAUGUUUGAUCCAUAUUAUUUCCAUUACCAGAAGUAUUCUUUUACUAUAAUCUGAUUUCUCACGUCAUAUAAACGUUUUAUGGGCUAACUGGAUCCCGGCAUCUUUGAACUGAUAAAGUAAUUGUGACUGCUUGACAUUUUUCAAAUACACGUCUUUAUUCUUAUGUAAAUAAUUCAACCCAACCAGUAAAAGAAAUAUAUUGAUAUUGUCAUUUUAAAAACAGUUAUCAAAGCAGUCAUAAGGAAAUUAUCCCCAUCAGAAUAUCCAUCCCUUAGCUCAACGUACUGACGUAGAUUUUAUGCCCAACAACUGCACAAAUGAUGUCAAAUAAGGUCACCUAAAACCAAACACUAUGACGGAAAGAUAACGAUUGAAAUCAAGCGUAUUAUUCUAACCCAAUUUUCUUCCUUGGAAAAAUUCAGAAGUUACAGCUUUCUGUUUGGUCAUGAUAAUUUUAGUCUCUUAUAAUUUAAUUUUGGAUGUAACACGUCUUCUGAUUGGCUGAAAGUGUUUUGUCUAUCAGCUCAUAGACAUAAUUUUGUCAUGUGACCGUGACGUCACCGACGUUUUUUUCAAAAUCUACUCCUUAAAAAUGGAAUUUAGAAUUAAAUAAUAAGGAAUGACUAAUAUUUUUUCUGCCUAUUCGAAAUAACCUAAAAAAUGUGGUGCACACUUUUAAAUAACCCGCUACGCGGGUUAUUCAGAGUGCACCACAUUUUUAAUGUUAUUUCGUCAUAGACAGAAAAAAUAUUACAGUCAUUCCUUAAUUAAAAUACACAUAUUAUUUAUAUUCUUCUUUUAGAAACUGUUGAUCCAUACCUUUUAAAAUUGUCAGCAAGAUUUGUCCUCUACUUCUAUCCUAUAUUUAUAUUGAAUAUAGAAUGAAAUUUCAUUUUAUAAUGUUUAUAUAUUAUCUCGAUCCUGGAACAAACUAUGUCUCACUCUACUGCAAUACAUUUGAAUUUGCUUAAAUUUUCAAAGUUUAUUAACUCCCUUUGAUCUGCCUUAAAUAGGCCAAGUAUUAUUCAAUCAUACUCAUGUUUUAAAUGUUUUCUUUUACUUUUUUCCUAGUAAGCUAAGGGUGAAGGGGUUUUAUCUUUCUUUUAUUUUCUAUUUUUAGUUGUGCUACUGUUAUUAAACAAUAGUGCUAAAUUGGUGCUCAUUUUAUAACAUGUGACAAUUCUGAUAAUGAUCACGAGCAGAUCCAGGGUUAAAGGAAAUGGGGGGCAUUUUUUUUUAUCAAAGGGGAUAAUUAUGUAUGCCAACUUCGCCCCUACUGGAAUCCGCCACUGAUGAUGUUUAAGUUACAUUGUAAUGUUUGAUUAGAAUCCAUAACUAAUUGUUGUCGCAGCAAUAGAAAAUACUUUUGAAUAAGGAGGGCAAGCAAUUUAUUUAGUGAAGAAGGAAGGUGCAAUUGAAAUGUGAUAUACCAAGUAUUAGGAAACUUUUAAUUCAUAGUUUAAAUAACAAAUAUUGAAAAAAAAGGCUACAAAAUAAGUCUUGCCCUCUGUGCUCCCUUAACUUUAAGAGUUGAAGAGGGGGAAAGUUUUAUUCUAAAUGGUGUUUACAGAUAAACAUUAAUUAUUUUGAAAACCAAAGCAAAUUACAAAAUGGAAACUUACGCAAAAAAAAUUGUUUCCUAUUAAUGUUUUUAUUAUGGACAGGUUGAUGGGUCAGGAUAGUUUUUCUAAAAAAAAGCUUUAUUCAAACUUAUAUUGGAAGAUAUUUCGAUUUUAUUUAAGCUUAUCAAACAUUUGGAGAGUGAACACAUAAUUUUAAUUUAGCUUAUGAUGAUUUUUUUGAUUUAACAAAUUUGUCAGCUGUCAACUUUAUUGCGUAGGUGAAGAAAUUCUCAUCUACAAGCAAAUGUUUAGGUGCUAGAAUUCAUGUGCAAAUGUGUGUGCUGCUAUUGAAAAUUGUGCAAUGUAAAAGAUAGCAUUGCUAUAUUGUGAAAAAUAAAAAAAUUUAAACAGAA